AUUCUCGUUUUCUCUACCAAUGUCCGAUUGAAGAAGAUAAGACUAGAGUCGUCACCUUGAGGAUCGAACAAUCAAUAGUAGUAAUCUGCUGUUUUGUAGUGAUUCUUCCCCAAUUUCGUACUUAAGAAAGCCGUAGAAGAUGGCCAGUGUAUUGUCGGGGACUGUGGCUGUCGCUAUGGUGGUGGUGUUGCUGUCAAUGCAGUGGUUUGCAGAUGGAUACCCAGAAGAAGAUUUGGUGGUGAGGCUGCCAGGUCAACCAACUGUUGGGUUCAGACAAUACGCAGGUUAUGUCGAUGUCGAUGUGAAAGCUGGUCGGAGUCUGUUCUAUUACUACGUGGAGGCUGUGAAACAACCAGACACAAAACCAUUGACCCUUUGGCUCAAUGGAGGUCCAGGUUGUUCUUCAAUUGGUGGAGGAGCUUUCACUGAGUUGGGUCCAUUUUACCCCACUGGAGAUGGCCGUGGCCUUCGCGUUAACUCCUUGUCUUGGAACAAAGCCUCGAACUUGCUUUUUGUGGAGUCACCGGCUGGAGUAGGAUGGUCUUACUCCAACCGAAGCACUGAUUACAACACCGGGGACAAAACUACUGCUAGAGAUAUGCUCGUGUUCUUGUUGAGAUGGUUUGACAAGUUCCCAAAGUCGAAGUCUCGGGACCUCUUUCUUACUGGUGAAAGCUAUGCUGGACAUUACAUACCGCAAUUGGCUGAUGCGAUUCUCAGCUACAAUGCACACUCCAGUGGAUUCAAAUUCAACAUUAAAGGCGUUGCAAUCGGGAAUCCACUACUGAAACUUGACAGAGACAGUCCAGCUACGUACGAGUUCUUCUGGUCGCAUGGGAUGAUUUCUGAUGAACUCAAACUCACAAUCACGAGCCAAUGUGACUUUGAUGAUUACACAUUUGCCAGCCCCCAUAACGUAAGCACGGCCUGCAAUGAUGCUAUUAGUGAAACCGGAAACAUCAUCAGUGAGUAUGUCAACAACUAUGAUGUUCUCCUCGACGUAUGUUAUCCCUCUAUCGUCCAGCAAGAGCUGAGGCUCAAGAAAAUGGCUACUAAACUGAGCUUGGGAGUGGAUGUGUGUAUGACCUAUGAAAGACGGUUCUACUUUAACCUUCCAGAGGUACAAAAGGCGCUUCAUGCGAACCGUACUCAUCUGCCUUAUGAAUGGUCAAUGUGCAGCGGUCAGUUGAACUACUCUGACACCGAUGGGAAUAUCGACAUGCUUCCGAUUCUGAAGAGAAUUAUACAGAACAAAACUCCUGUUUGGAUCUUCAGUGGAGAUCAAGAUUCUGUAGUUCCAUUCGUCGGUUCAAGAACUCUCGUAAGAGAACUUGCUAACGAUCUCAACUUCGAGACCACAGUUCCGUAUGGAGCCUGGUUCCACAAAAGUCAGGUUGGAGGCUGGGCCAUUGAAUACGGAAAACUACUGACGUUUGCAACGGUGAGAGGAGCGGCUCAUAUGGUACCAUAUGCACAGCCCUCACGAGCUCUACAUUUGUUCAGUAGCUUUGUCAGUGGCCGGAGAUUGCCCAACAACACACAUUCUUCUACUGAUGAUUGAAAGAGCAGAGGUAUAUCUUUUGUAAGAAAAAUGUAGUUUGUAUUUAAUUUAUCUGUCUCAGGCCUUAGAUUAGAAACAUGUAAGGGUUUGUGUUGCGGUUUGGUUGGAUCUUCAAGUGUAGUUUGUUUUAGUUAUCACAAACAUUAACAACAAUUCUCUUUAGAUAUGUUUAUAUUAAAUCGAAAUUUAUCUGAGUUA